CAGAGCUAUCUACUUUGUACAAGUGGACUUGCUUUAAUUAAAUUAAAAAUGUGCAGGGAUUAAGGUUCGUCCGAGAGCGUGUCCGGUGAUGCCGGCAGCCCGCGUGUGCGGCGCGACCGAAAGAGUUGAUCUGGUUAAUCUGCUUUGGCUCACCUGCAUUAUGAUUCUAUCUACUGCGUAUUGUCGUUCAAUGUUGCUACUGUGUCUUCUCUUCCCCCACGCGCCGACCAUUCGAAUUUUUAUUAUUCUGGAGCUUCACCGGAAUUCCCGCCACCGCGGUUCAUCUUCCAAUGGGUCGGAAUGGAGCCAAUUGCUCGUCGAAUCCUCCCUCCUUCUUUGUGCUCCAUCCAACUGGGGCCACACCCCCCCGAUCCACCAUGGAUCCAGUCCGCGGCUUGCUUGGACAGCACCGGUCCGAAAAAGCAAGGCUACCGGUCCAUAAUCCAUCUAUUCGAGGGCUAUUGGAAGUUUACAACGCCACCGCAUGAUGUAAUACUAUUCCCGGCAGACUCGGCGG